AUGCUCAUCUCCACUUCCUGUGGGGUGGCCGCCCCAUGCCCGCUGGCUGACACCACCAACGAGCCCUGCGUGCGUCAGUGCCAGAGCUCCUCGGUGGUGAUCCAGCCCCCGGCUUCCGUGGUCACCUUCCCCGGACCCAUCCUCAGCUCCUUCCCGCAGCACAGCGUGGUGGGCUCAGCGGGAAUCCCCGCCAUUGCUGGUGGCUACGGCGGGAGGUUUUGGGUGGCGGGCGGCUACGGCGGCAGUUACGGAGGCCGUGGUGGUUACGGAGGCUAUGGAGGCUACGGGGGCUUUGGAGGCUAUGGUAGCUGUGGUGGCUAUGGAGGUGUUGGCGGCUACGGAGGCUUUGGGGGCUGUGGAUACGGCGGCUGGGGCCGAGGCCUCGUGUCUUUCGGUGCCAGCUGUGGGAGCUGCUAA